UGGGAGCGCGCGCCGGGGCGCGGCGCAAGCGCCGAGUGUGGUUUCCCUAGCAACCAUGCUAGGUCGGGACGGUUACAGCGCGCUGCCCUUGGGGGAUUUUGACCGUUUCCAGCAGUCAAGCUUCGGCUUUCUGGGCGAGCAGAAGGGGUGUCUGUCGCCGGAGCGGGGCGGCGUGGGGCCGGGGGCCGGUGAGUGGCCCCCAGCAUGGCAGGCCGGGGGACUGUGGUACCCCCAGGCCCGGCCUCUGACUCGUGGGCGUCCGAGGGAUGCGAGAUGUGCCCCACAGCUGGCCCUCCUGCCUCUGCCAUGGCCUCAUCAGCUUCCUGGGCUUUUUGCUGCUGCUGCUCACCUUCCCCAUUUCUGGCUGGUUUGCCCUAAAGGCCGCAUCCGCAACCCCCAGGGGCCUGGCAUGGUUCUGCUCCUGCCCUUCCUUGACUCCUUUCAGAGAGUGGAUCUGAGAACACGAGCCUUCAAUGUCCCUCCAUGCAAGCUGGCCUCCAAGGACGGGGCUGUGCUGUCCGUUGGGGCUGACGUACAGUUCCGCAUCUGGGACCCAGUGCUGUCGGUAAUGACUGUGAAGGACCUGAACACGGCCACACGCAUGACAGCCCAGAACGCCAUGACCAAGGCCUUGCUCCGGAGGCCGUUGCGGGAGAUCCAGAUGGAGAAGCCCAAAGUCGGCGAGCAGCUCCUGCUGGAGAUCAACGAGGUGACCAGGGCCUGGGGGCUGGAGGUGGACCGUGUGGAGCUAGCAGUGGAGGCUGUGCUACAGCCUCCCCAGGACAGCCCCGCUGGACCCAGCCUGGACAGCACCCUGCAGCAGCUGGCUCUGCACCUGCUGGGUGGAGGCAUGAACUUGAGGGCAGGAAGCACACUGCCCCCAGGGCCAGCACUUCCUGCCACAUCGGUGGAUACCAUGGAGAUGGUGAGCGAGGUGCAGCAGCCAGCUGUCCAUGCUGAGGCUUGGGCCGGGCCUAGCCCAAAGCAACCAGUGGCCGAGGGGCUGUUGGUGGCCCUGCAGCCCUUUCUGUCUGAGGCCCUGGUCAGCCAGGUUGGCGCCUGCUACCAGUUCAACAUUGUCCUGCCUGGGGGUGCCCAGAACACCUACUUCUUGGACCUCACUACAGGGCGAGGCAGGGUGGGUCGUGGAAUGCCUGACCACAUUCCUGAUGUGGUGGUGGAGAUGGCCGAGGCUGACCUGCAGGCCUUACUGUGCAGGGAGCUGCGGCCCCUGGGGGCCUACAUGAGCGGGCGUCUGCAGGUGAAGGGUGACCUAGCUGUGGCCAUGAAGCUGGAGGCUGUGCUCUGCACCCUGAAGUAGCAGUUGCCACGGGACACCUGUCACCCAGCCUAACCUAGCCCUGGAGGAGGAGGCUCCAGCUUGCAGCGAGGGCAGUGGAGGCCGAGCCAGGAGCCCUGGAGGAAGUAGGAGAGGCCUCCCUGCGCAUCUCUUCUCGGGUGGACUCUGACCCUUGCUGUCUCCAGCCAAGUACCCAGUCAGCUAGGAAUAGUCUGAUGCCACCUGGCCUGGGCCUGUGCUACACGAGGGACUGAAGCACGUGGGUCCAAGUGUGUGAGCAGGAACCAGAGAGGGUGGGGCGGUAGCAGCCCCCGGAAGAAGCUGCUGCCUCCAUAGGUGGGCUCUGCCCGCCCCCAGCAGUCCAGGCCUCGCUGUUAUGGGAGGACACAGGUACUAUGUGCCUGAUGUGGGGCUCAGGGCAGUUCAUGAGGCCCUGACAUCCAUGCUUCUUCCAAGUUCCAUGCCCCUGACCAAUAAAUGUGAUGCUCACCAUGUAGCUCAGUGUGGGGCACAGGCUGCAGGUGUGGGUUGGGCUUGGUAUCUGCACGGUGGUGCCCCCGCUGCUGCCCAGGCAGACACUGGGCUUGGAGGCUGGCAUAGACACAGUUCUUCCUGAGGGUCUCCAAGCUCCAUAAAGGUCUGGGCACGGUACUCUUUGUUCCUCUUUUCUAUUUGGUUCUUUUUUUGAGCUAGGGUC